GGGCUGAAGCAGUCUACGGGAUAGCUCCGUGGGUAUCUUCUAUAUAAUGAGGGCCUGUGGUACUUCAAAGAGAUUGAAUAGUUGACCUCACAUAUCAUCUGCACGCCACCUAGCUAACUUUACACACCCUGGACAUCAUUUAGAUAACAACUUCGAAAUGUCUACCCCUCAAAUAUUCGUCUCAGGAGCAACAGGUUGUCAGGGAGGCUCUGUCGCUCGCUACCUGCGAUCCAAGGGCAUUGCCGUCCACGCCCUUGCCCGCGAUCCUAACUCUGAUAAGGCCAAAGCUCUUGAGACUAUUGGGGUCAAGCUUAUUCCUAGAGACUAUGACAACAAAGCGGCUCUCAGAGAGGCCAUGAAGGGCUGUACAGGCCUCUUUCUUGUCCUUAUGCCCGACUUCACAGACCUCACUGCUGAGAGGCGAUGGGCAGCCAACGUUUUGAAUAGUGGCAAAGAAGCUGGCGUCAAGCAUGCCAUCUUCUCAAGCGGCUUCAGCGCUGGCAAUCCCGACCAACUGACUGCCAUGGAGCCAGGAAGCUUCACUGAUAUAAUCAUGCGCAAUAAGCAUGCAAUCGAAAACCAGACUCGCGAUGCAGGCUUCCAGUACUGGACAAUCUUGCGCCCGGGAGCUUUCAUGGCGAACUAUGUCGAACCUUUUGUCAGGAUGUAUCCCGACUUCGUUGGACAAAGGAGUCUUCGCAACUGCUAUGAAACCUAACACUGUUCUCCCCUUGACUAAUACAGUCACUAUCGGAAAGUUUGGUGGCGAAGCAUUUCUACACCCAGCCAAGUUUCAUGGAAGGGAGAUCACGUAUGCCGAUGAGUGGAUUGAAGUGGAAACCAUUUUACAGAAGCUCUCCAAAGCCGUGGGAAGGGAUCUCAAGGGAGAGUACCUUUCUAAUGAAGAGAUAAUGGAUCAGAAAGCCACCAACCCUUUCAUAGCAGGUCAGCUUGUCAUGAGAGACAUGGCCAAUCUUGCGACCAAGGAAGAAGUUGAAGUAUGGGGGGUCCCGCUGAGCACGUUCGAUCAGUUCAUUGAACGGGAGACACAGGCGCUUCAUGAAACAUACCACAAGGCACCUUCAAUAGCACGAGCACCUAAAGUUCAUGAGCGGCUGAUUUGAUGGCAUAGCAGAUUGGUGUGAGAAUGUGUUUGUUGAUGAUAUUAAAUUGUUGAAACGAUGACAGAAAAUACGACAAAUUAUAGCACCAGCCAAAUAUCUGCGUGAAAUAAACGUGCACUACUCUUGUUCUGAGCCAUA